AGUAUUUACGCGUCCGCUCUCAACACCACGCAUACACAACAACGUUCGUUCACAGCGUUGUGUUGCUUGGUUUAAGUAUCUUGUGUUUUGCGUUGGUUAGCUCAGUUCUCAAUUGGGACUUAGUUGGAUUGGCAUUUCGUUAAUACGCCAUCGCUUUAAUGCAUUCAAUUCCUUGUUUGUAUUUGAUUUUACCUAAAUCUCAUCUGUAGACAUAGUUUUUAUUAUUAUUAUAUAAAUAUUGCUUCGUUAAGUUAUUGUUGUAAUUUGAGUUGUGUAGCCGUAACGAACACUGCCAGAAUAUGGCACGUGCAUUGCAGCUGAUUGGCACUUUUGCCAUUUGUUUAGUGUUAGUUCACGCAGCUGAUCAACGAUCCAAGCGACAAAGUGAUGAAGAAGAUGUUGAUCCAUUGAACACGGACGAAUUGUGCCAAGACCGACCAGCCGAUGAAUACUUCCGGACAACAACCGAAGGUGAUUGCCGUGAUGUAGUCAGAUGUGAUAAUGCCGGAGAAAAUGGUAUUACGAGAUUAGCUUCAGUUCGCUGUCCAACGGGUCUAGCGUUCGACAUUGAACGUCAAACAUGUGACUGGAGAACAAAUGUUAAGAAUUGCGAUAGAAACGAGAAGCCACGCAAAGUGUUGCCAAUUCUAAAAACCGAUGAACCAGUUUGCCCAGAAGGUAAAUUGUCAUGUGGUAAUGGUGAAUGUAUCGAAAAGGAAUUGUUCUGCAAUGAUAAACCAGACUGUAAGGAUGAAUCUGAUGAAAAUGCUUGCACUGUGGACUUGGAUCCAAACCGUGCACCAGAAUGUGACACAACCCAAUGUACAUUGCCAGAUUGUUUCUGUUCAGCUGAUGGAACCCGUAUUCCUGGCAACAUUGAACCAUCUCAAGUACCACAAAUGAUCACAUUGACAUUCAACGGUGCUGUAAACGUUGAUAACAUUGAUUUGUACGAAGAUAUUUUCAAUGGAAAUCGUCAAAAUCCAAACAGUUGCACAAUCAAGGGUACAUUCUUUGUAUCACACAAAUACUCGAACUAUUCAGCUAUUCAAGAUUUGCAUCGUCGCGGUCAUGAAAUCUCAUCAUUCUCAUUGACACACAAAGAUGAUCCAAAUUACUGGACACAUGGUACAUACGAUGAUUGGCUCGCCGAAAUGGCUGGUGCCCGUUUGAUUUUGGAACGUUUUGCAAACAUAACCGAUAGUUCAGUUGUUGGUGUUCGUGCACCAUAUUUGCGCGUUGGUGGUAACAAACAAUUCGAAAUGAUGGCCGAUCAAUUUUUCAUCUACGAUGCAUCGAUUACCGCUUCAUUGGGCCGUGUUCCAAUCUGGCCAUACACCUUGUACUUCCGUAUGCCACACAAAUGUAAUGGAAAUGCUCAUAAUUGCCCAUCACGAUCACACCCAAUUUGGGAAAUGGUUAUGAAUGAAUUGGAUCGUCGUGAUGACCCAACAUUCGAUGAAUCAUUGCCAGGUUGUCAUAUGGUUGAUUCAUGUUCAAACAUCCAAACCGGAGAUCAAUUUGCACGUCUUCUGCGUCACAAUUUCAAUCGCCACUACAAUACAAACCGUGCACCACUUGGCUUGCACUUCAGCGCUUCAUGGUUGAAAUCGAAGAAAGAAUUCCGCGAUGAAUUGCUUAAAUUCAUCGAUGAAAUGUUGGGCCGUAGCGAUGUUUUCUUUGUUAACAUGUUGCAGGUUAUCCAAUGGAUGCAGAAUCCAACUGAAAUUAAUGCAUUGCGUGACUUCCAAGACUGGAAAGCAGACAAGUGUGACGUUAAAGGUCAAGCAUUCUGCUCACUACCAAAUGCCUGUCCAUUGACAACACGUGAAUUGCCAGGUGAAACUUUGCGUCUCUUCACAUGUAUGGAAUGCCCGAACAACUAUCCAUGGAUCUUGGAUCCAACUGGUGACGGUUUCUCCGUUAAAUAAACAAACAACGAAUAAAAUCGUUUUAUCCUCUUAUUAUUUAAAGAAAAAGAAAAACAAAUUAAAUAAACAAAUCAAAAGAAACCCCAUAAAUUCCAUUUAAAAUACAACAACAAUAUUUUGAGUUCUGUUCAAUUUCAACGUUUAUUUGUGUGUUGAUAAAGUUUCCACUCCGUUAUUAUACAGCGUUUCCCAUCUACACGACCAAUAAAUAGGUUUUUUUUUUUAAUUGAUUUUCCAUUAUCUGAAGUAAAGCAAAAUUAAAAUUGUCCAAAAAAAAUCAUCCGGUUUCAUUCUCUUUUUAUAUUACAUUGGUCACCAUAUUUAAGUGAUAUCGAAUUAAGCGACAAUGUAGCAUGUACAAAAGGGA